CGCCCUGCCCGAGGACUGACACAGAGACUGCAAUAUGGCGAGAAUGCCUGGCAGCGGAGAUUGUUAUGCAGACAGCGAAAGGGCAGAAAACAAUCCGAAUAGUUACCUGCAGAGGAGCGACGAUGACGACGAGGAGGACGACGAGAUUCAGGAAAUCCAGAUAACGGGGGACGAAGAGGAUGAUGAGGAUAUCGGUCUGGAGUGGGAAGCAGAGAGCGAGGACCCGGAGAGCUGCACUGUUACGGAUACUGAAGCGGUCCUUAUGCGCAGUACGGACCGGGGCAGCGAGCUCGACUCGGAGGCGGACUCUUUUCACAUCUCUGGGUUGGAUGGCGACCUGGACUCGGACUUGCAUCGUUCGGACCGCUCGCGGCUCAGUGAAAACACCCGUCUGGCGACCAGAUACGCUGUGAGGAUCUUCCGGGAGUACCUGAGUGAGAAAUCGCAAAGUCCCGACUUCGAGACGAUGGACAAGGAGGCGCUGUGCAAGGUGCUGAGAUCCUUUUAUGCAGAGGCGCGCUCCAAAAGUGGACAGUUGUAUAGCAAGUCGUCUCUGAUAAGCAUACGGAGCUCGCUCAACCGAUACCUGAAUGAACCGCCGUACUGCCGCACUUUAGACCUGACCAAGGACCCCGAGCUCCGCAGCGCUAAUCUGACUCUGGCGGCUGUUAUCAGGAAACUGGAAGAGCAAGGUGCGGGUCCCGUGGUGCAGAAACAAGCUAUCACCCGCGCCGACUUGAGGAAACUCUACACCUCCAGCGUCUUCAACACCAACACGCCUUUCGGCUUGCUAAACAAAGUAUGGUUUGAGACGUGCAUGUACUUCUGCACCCGCGGCCGAGAGAACCAGCGAGAGCUUGAAGAAGACUCCUUCGGUCUGGCUAUCGACGAGGACGGCAGAAAGUUUGUGUACUUUAAGGCACUCGGUCCCUACCAUAAAUCCAGGUCUGCGUCCUGGAGCAAGAAGAGGAGUGACUCGGACGAGGACAACCUGCCGCGCAUGUAUGAAACUGGCACCGAGUUCUGUCCUUAUGCCAGUUUUGUGAAGUACAUCUCAAAGCGAAACCCACUCUGCAAGGCUUUCUUCCAGAGACCACGGGAUCACUGCAGCGAGAGCGAUAUGACCUGGUACGAAAACAAAGCGAUCGGAAAGAACUUGCUGGGCACCAGAAUGCAGAUGCUGUCCCGGGCAGCCAAACUGUCCAAAACAUAUACCAACCACUGCAUAGGCGCAGUAUCCAUUGCCACCUUGAACAGCAUUGCGGGUAUUGGUUCCAAGCUCGCAUCUCACCGCCACCUGGUCCCGGACGCGCUUAACGGCAGCCAGCACCCCUUUCAGCUGGUAUCUCCCUUCGGGCACCACCAGGUGGUGGAGGAGGGCAUCGCCGAAUUGGGCCAACACGCGGCUGCCAAACGGACGCUUUAUGAGCCAGUCUACGGUCCUGAAGUGACUGGGAGGUCCUCCCCUAAAAGGAUCUGCGUCCGCCCCAGUGAGCCGGAGGACGCGCCCAUCCUGAUCUCAGUGCGGACUGAGCCACAGCCCCCCACCACCGCCAGUGUCCCCGCCCCGGAGGCCAAUGGGCAGAGCGCUGCCCCUUCGCCGGUCAUCGUCGUACCUGUGCAGGAUAAUCGACCUAACAUGUCCCGGCCAAUGAUAACCAGAUCUCCAGCAUCUCCUUUGAGCAACCAGGGCAUCCCAACUCCUGCACAGCUCACCAAGUCCAAUGCUCCAGUUCAUAUUGAUGUGGGUGGCCACAUGUAUACAAGCAGCCUGGCAACUCUUACAAAAUACCCAGAAUCAAGAAUUGGACGGCUGUUUGACGGUACGGAGCCCAUCGUCUUAGACAGUCUCAAGCAACACUAUUUUAUCGACAGAGACGGACACAUGUUCAGAUAUAUCUUAAAUUUCCUCAGGACGUCCAAAUUGCUGAUUCCUGAUGACUUUAAAGACUAUAGUCUUCUGUAUGAAGAGGCUCGCUAUUUCCAGCUACAGCCCAUGCUGGUGGAAAUGGAACGCUGGAAGCAGGACAAGGAACUUAGCCGCUUUUCACGUCCAUGCGAGUGCCUGGUGGUACGUGUUGCACCCGACCUUGGUGAGAGGAUCACACUUAGUGGAGACAAGUCGCUUAUUGAGGAGGUAUUCCCAGAGAUUGGUGACGUCAUGUGCAAUUCGGUCAAUGCCGGGUGGAAUCACGACUCUACACAUGUUAUUCGCUUCCCUCUAAAUGGCUACUGCCAUCUCAACUCUGUGCAGGUCCUAGAGCGAUUGCAGCAGCGCGGCUUUGACAUCGUUGGCUCUUGCGGUGGUGGUGUGGAUUCCUCUCAAUUCAGUGAAUACGUUUUGCGGCGAGAAAUCAGGAGGGCACAGCGAGGGCCCUCAGUCAUCCGGAUAAAGCAAGAGCCUUUGGAUUAAAAAGCUACAAAAUAAACACGAAGCUCUCGACUUUUGCAAACUGGACAUUAUAAUAAGCAAUUAAUACUAAAAAGAACUGCAAAUGGGAGUCCUUUCCCUCCUUUUAAUUUUCAGUGACUGAUUUAAAUUGGGAGCUUGGCCAAGAGGCCACCCAGGCAUUUUAUCAAUACAGUAUCCGAAGAACUUGUAAAAUUCUGAAUUUUCUGGAAUUUUGUGACAAAUGGCCUAACAAAGGUAUGCCCUUGAAUUAUAUAUAACUGGUCCCAUAUUUAAGAAAAAAGAAACAAAGUUUGUUUUAAAACUUUCAGACAAUAUAAAUAAAAAAUCCCUUCCAAACAAA